AUAGCCCAUUAUAAAUAAGAUUGAUGGGCUGCCCAAAGACAUCAGUUCGAUUGUUUCAUUCGGCACAAAUCACGCACGGCUGAGUCUCGUUCGGAACUCCGUUCAUUUUUUUUUCGCCAAUAAUGUCUGUGGAAACUAUCAUCGAGAGAAUCAAGGCUCGCGUGGCCGCCGUCGACCCGAACGGACCCCGCAAGGUUCUGGGAGUGUUCCAGUUGAACAUCAAGACCGCCAGUGGCGUUGAACAGUGGAUUGUCGAUCUGAAGCAAUUGAAGGUUGAUCAGGGAGUUUUCGCCAGCCCGGAUGUCACCGUCACUGUUGGAUUGGAAGACAUGUUGGCCAUCAGCGGAAAGACCUUGACCGUUGGCGAUGCUCUGAAGCAGGGUAAAAUCGAGCUCUCCGGUGAUGCUGAUCUGGCUGCCAAGCUGGCUGAAGUGAUCUAAAUUAUUUCAUAGUGACUGAUUCAGUGUGAUUGUGUAUAUGGUUGUGAUGGAAAUAAAUCCUAUGGAUGAUGUCUUGAUUUUGAA